UUUUUACUUUCUCCAACCGACUAAUCCACACGCCCCCAAAUCGGUAUAUAUACAUCUCGAUUUGCAUAUCACUCACUUAAAGUCGCUCAUUUUUUUUAAAAAAGCCUACCAACAAUCCAUAACUUCACUGAUAACUUGAAAUAACUACCAACAGACCAUAACGUCACUCUUUACUUCCAAAGACUACAAGAACAAGCAACGUAUGGAUGCCUUCAAUGAAUACCAAAACUCAUAUCCCGCAGUCUCAUCGGAAAAUCCUCCGUUAGCAUCCUCUUCAAACUCAAACAACACCAGAAGCACCGGUGGGGAUGCAUUUGCUGACUCAGAAGUGAAGCUGGCUUCACAAACCCCGAAGAAGAAAGCCGGAAGGAAGAAGUUCAGGGAGACUCGACAUCCGGUGUACCGGGGAGUGAGAAUGAGGGAUAACGGGAAGUGGGUUUGUGAGGUGAGAGAGCCCAACACGAAGUUUAGGGUGUGGCUAGGGACUCAUCCCACUGCUGUAAUGGCAGCUAGGGCACAUGACGUGGCUGCUUUGGCCUUCAGGGGGCGAUCGGCGUGUUUGAACUUUGCUGACUCUGUGUGGCGACUGCCUGUCCCGAAGUCUAACAAAAUAGAGGACAUACAAAAGGCCGCUGCAGAAGCGGCGGAGGCUUUUAGAUACACAGACACGGAGGAAGCAGUGGAGAAUGUGGAAACAAAUGAGUUGCCGGAAGUUCAGUCUUACGUGGAUGAAGAGGAGAUUUUUGAGAGUUCCGGAUUUUUUGCCAGCAUGGCCGAGGGAUUGAUGGUACCACCUCCUCACACGAUGGGGUAUGGCAACUAUGGAGAUAACAUGGACUCUUCUGCUGAUGGGUCUUUAUGGAGUUUUUAGAGUUUGUGUGAUUUACAAUUUACAUAUUCUUCUUGAUGAAUAAGAUGCGAUAGGGGCGAACUUUCAUUGCCCAUCGUACCUUUGGGGCCCAUCCUAUAAGGGCCUAAAAAUUUCAUUGGUUAUGUAAUGUUAAUAUAUAUUCGAUUAGGAAAUUGGAUUG